UUCCACCUCCGAGAAGCUUCACGCCUCUUCAUAUCUCUUUUGUGUGUGUGUGUGUGCGUACGUGUGCGUGCGUGCGUGCGUGUGUGUGUAUGUGUUUUACAUUAAAUGCGCUACACUACGCGUAGUUUGAGCAGCCAGAAACUCGAGGAGAGUUAUUCCAACAAUGGGGGACAUCGAGGCUCCCAGCUCGAGUCCGACGCGCCGGACCGUCCUGCAGUCUAUUCUUCCCAGCAAAGAGUUCGCCACAUCCAGGAAAGGAAUGCUGCUUAUUGCUGAAGUGGUUCUGUCCUUCAUAUCAUUUCUGUGUUUCGCGGGAUCCGGAGCAGCAGCAUUCGUGACCGUCCCCCUGCUGGCAUUCCUGGCUUCUCUCUUCUUGCUGUUCGGUUACUCCACGAAAUUCAACGAGAGGUUUAAAGGCUUCUGCUGGCCUCUGAUGGAUUUCAUUAGAUGCGUGACUGCCUCCAUUAUCUUUUUCAUCAUCUCAAUAAUGGCGGUGUCCAAAUAUGCAGACGGUUCCUCAAAGGCUGCUGGGAUAUUUGGGUUCAUUGCCACCAUUGUUUUUGCCUUAGAUUUUUAUUUCAUUUUUAAUGAGCUGGCAAGUUUCUUGAAACAAGGAGGGGAGUCCAACGAGGAACCAUCAGGACAGCAAGAUGAAUUUUCAGACUCUGACUCAGACUGAAACUGUGGGGCUCUUUGCCAGAAGAUGUGUGAUCAUGCAGUCUAAACCUUUGUAGUAGAAAUCAGCACUGCUGAUCUGCCAUUUGCAAAGACCUGCCAGCUUUUUGUGCAACAAGGUUACAUAAGGACCUUGCGUAUCAAGGUCAGAUUCAUUGUUGGUCAGUUUCAAGUCAGUAAAGAUGGAUAGAGAAGGUUGUAGUGCAUUUCACACAUUAGAAACACAGCUGUUUAAGCUGACGCACCAAACACGCUCGGCUUCUGUUUUACUGAUUGUUGCAAGUAGUUUAUAAAACACAUUCUGUUCUUUUUCAUGUUCAAACUCACAUCCAGUGUCUUAGAUCGUUUGGAGAAAAUGUAAGAACAUCACUCGGACUGUCACUCGAAUACUUCCCUAAAGCUGUGAAACUGUUUCUUCUCAUUUUAAGGAGAAGCAGUUAUGAAAAUCAAAAAUGUGCAAAUAUUAUGUCUAAAUCUGAGAUAUUGACUUCUGGGGGAAAAUAUUGUGACCCUCUUUAUAUGUAUGCACAUUAGAAGACUGCAUUAAAGGCCUUAGUGAAUAAAUGUUUACUAAUGUACUAAUAAUGAAGCCGUGUAGUAACAAAGACAUUCAGACCAGGGGGGCCUGCUUAAGUGGCGUAUCAUCAUUUAUAAACAGCAUUAUAUUUUUAACUCUGCUUCCUAUAAAGUCUGCACACUGUGUAAAAAUGCAACGAUAUGCAAAUCAUUUAAACCCUAUAAUUAAUUUUAAAUGGUACAAAGACAACAUAUUAAAAUGCUGCCUUUCAGAAUUCUUCUUGUUUAUUUGAAAAUUGUAUGCUGAUUUGAUUACAGUAAAGCGUUUCCAAAAAAACAGUGAAGGGUGGCAUGUUUACAGCUGUCGCAUUACAUCCUUUCUGUAGUCUGUUAAAAGGAACCAGAGGAAUCGUUGAUUUGAUUUUGAAAACAAAAUGUUUUUUUUUCCUUUGUUUCUUGUUGAGGGAUUUCAGCUGCUCAACAACUGCAGGCUUCCUUUGCUGUAUUUUUAUUUUUACUUUAUUUUUUUCUAGUGUUCCAAAUGUUUUUAGUAGGUGUCAGGUCUGGACUACAAGCAGACCUUGUCUUGCUUAAAUAAGCACAGCCUUUCAUCUGGAUAUAAGUACGUGUCACUCCAAAACCUGCAUUCAUCAUUCAGCAUAAAUAAUGCCUUCACAGAUGUACAACUAUACCUUUAACGAUUUCCAUACCAUCACCCAUGCAGCUUCAGGCUCCCUUUUGAUUUGAUUUUUUCCACUUUGCCUGAGUCUAUACUAAACAAAUGUCCACAGAAGGCAGCAGCAUUUUCUGUAGCUUGUUUGUAUUUUUUUUUUUUUCUUACUUUGUAAAGAAAAUUUGUGGAUGUAGCAACACACUCAAAAUUCAAAACGAAAUGAAACAAAAUUAAAAUAUUAAAUAAGUAAUAUAUGGUUUUUGUACCAUUUUAAAUUACAUAGAGUAAAGAUACUUUCAGCUGCUCCCUUAUUUACAAGGGGUGGCCACAGUGGGUAGCGCCAUGUGUUUGAUUUGGCAGAUUUUUUUUUUGUACACCUGAUUCAAUCCCAAAGGGAUUUGUGUCUCCUCCUGGCAUCAAACUGGGGAAUUUUACAGGGUUUUAAUGACUUGCAAUCAAUUGUAUUUUGUUUUUAUUUACAUUUUACACAGUGUUUGGAUUUGGUUGUAAAAAAACAUGUAGCCUAUAGUAUAUUAAAAAAGAGAUUGGUUGGCUGGUUACAACCUCUGUCCAACUGUGGUAGAUUUAUGAAAGUAUAUUUUAAAAUCUGAGGAUGAUCUUUGUUUAUCUUAUGUCAAUUUCCUCCUGUGAGUUUUUGUGAUGUGAAUUAAGGCAUGGAGACACGCCUGCUUUGUGACAGAACUUAAGCAUCAGAUAUUGUGCUACUUUUUCAGACUUACUCAGUUAACCCACUUUGGCUUCCUGCUAUAUUUUUGGUUAUUUGCUGUAUGGAGUUCUUCCAACCUGUGUGUGUGUGCAUGCGUGUGCGCGCGUGUAUGUGCAGUUCAUUAAAGCCAUUUCAUGCCGUAUUACUUCGAGAAAUUCUUAAUAUCAGCUACAGAUGAAGGACAAAAUUAUUAGCUCCCCUAUGAAAUUUAAAGUUUUUGUCAAAAAUUUCCAAAGUGCUUUUUUAACAAAGCAAGGGAUUUUCAACAUAGCAUUGCUAAGCACAGUUAUUUCAGAAAAAAAAAGAAAAAUUACAAGGGUCAAUAUUAUUAGCCCCCCUGAAAAAAUGGACCUUUUAUUGAGCCAUAGCACAAACCACUGCUGUGCAGCGAUUUAACUUUGUAAUGCUCAAAGUUUGCAAAAUCAAGUUAAAGCCGAGGGUUGUCUUCCAGUUUACACACAGUAUCAAAACCUCAGCAGGGAUUUGAGCUGUCACUUGAGAAAGCGUCAUCACCAAAAGAAAUCAGUUUAGACUUGAGAAAAAAGAAUUGUUGAUGCUCACAGAGCAGGAGAUGGAUACAGAGUUAUCACAGCGUUUCCAAGUGUCAGGAACUGGAGUGACAAGUAUCAGGAAAUUCAAACAUAGUACACAUAGUGCAUAGUACAGAACAAGCCUGGCAGAGGUAGGAAGUGAAACAUUUCAAAAACCAGUGAGAGAUGUGUCUAAAGACCCUAAAAUAACUGCCAAGAAACUCCUGAAUGACUUAUGUCAAGUCGGGAAUUGUAGUCUCAAAGAUGACAAUCAUUAAAACUCUGUACACAGAAAUGGGCCACAAGGUUGCAGACCAAGAAAAACUCCACUUCUGCAGAAGAGACACAGUCAAGCCAAACUGAAGUAUACUAAGGACAACCUGGAGAAAGAUUAUGCAUUCUGGAAGUGCGUCCUUCGGUCUGAUGAGACAAAUCCUAGAGCUCUUUGGCCACAGAGACGCUGCUUAUGUUUGGAGAAAAAAAGGGAGAGACGUACAACCCAAAGAACGCCAUCCCCACAGUGUAAGGUGGGAGUAUUAUGCUGUGGGGAUGCUUCAGUGCAUCUGGACCUGGGAAUCUCAUCAAGGUAGAAGGAAUCAUGAAGAAAGAAGGGUAUGUGAAAAUUCUGAAAGAAAACCUUAAACAGCAACAACAACCCAAAACAUACAGAGCUCCUGGUGAAGAACUACCUCCAGAAGACCAAAGUGAACAUUACUGACUGGCCCGCACAAAGCCCUGACUCAAAUCCCACUGAAAAUCUGUGGGGUGAAGACCAAGGUCCAGGCCAGAAGACCAUCAAAUCUGGAGGAGCUUGAGAGAUUCACCAAAGAAUGGGCUGGGAUUGCUCAGGAGACAUGUACUGCAUGAGGCUUGUUGAAAAUUACAACAAAUGACCUCAGGCUCUAAUCCAGCAAAAAGGAUACACAAUUGACUAUUAGCAUACGGGAGCAGUAGUUUCUGGUUUUUGUAAAAUAAAUUAGUUUCUGUCUGCAAAGUAAAAUAAUGUAAACACCCAAAAUAAAACUAAUAUGUUUGGAAAACCUGCAAUAAAAACAGCACAGCACUUAGGAAACACUUAAAAAAAAUGAACUUUUCAUAGGCCAGCCAAUAAUUCUGUCCUCACCAGUUAUGUGAAUCAUCAUGUGUUUUUUAAUUUGUAUUUUUGAUAUUUCUGUUCAUCCACUGCCACUACUGACAAAUUAGAUGCACUAGAACGCCACAGUGACUGUUAAUGAAAUCUCCGGCGCACUACACGAGUGCUUCAACAGCACUGAAUUAAAAACAAAUGACUGAGAAUCGGCCACUGUGGCAUUUCGAACGUUUCAGUUAAUCGGUGCAUUGAUAGAAUGGUAAAAGUUUAUUGAUUUGUUACAGCUGUAGCUUCAUGUUUUAAGGUUGAGGUGAAAUAAACAAAAACAAAAAAAAAAAAGAGAGAAAGACUGCAGAUCUAUGCAAGAUAAGAGCUCAGAUUGGGCUGAUUUUAUAAAUCUUCUAUGUCCUGUGAAGAGCAAGAAUCUCCUAAACAUUAAUUUUUAACAAGUUUAAAAAGAUAACAUUGGUACAGACACUGUGAAAGUGUAAAUUUCAAACAUUCCAAAAUGGUUUUAAGUGAUUUAAUUGAGCCAAAUAGGAGAAAUUUCAGUUUAUUUGAAAGAUUAAAAUACAUCCCCACACAGUACCAUUUUAUAAACGAGUACUCUUGUAUGCAGUUGAAAUGUUGCCUGCUUGAUGUCUGUUUUAUCUUUUCGGAUUUUUGUCCAAAAAAAAAAAAAAAAAAAGUUUGAAUAAAAACCU